AUGGGAAGCGCUACGAUAGAGGCCGGGAGCCGGCCCAUGAAUGUCAAGGAGAUAUCCGAGAAAGCAAAACAAUACGACUGGAAUCCCCGGAUUGGCUUCAAGUUCUGGGCACGCGCUGCCAACACCAUUCAUCAUGAGGGUCAAAUCUACCUUCAUGAAGGGAGCAUAGCCCAAGCUUACAUGUUCCUCCUCCGCUAUUGCACCCUCGUCCUCGAGGAUAUGGCCAAACACCCCGAAGCCAAACUCCCCGAAAACCGAGCCCUGAUGAGGCAACUCAACAACCGCAUAAACAACGUCGUUGAACAGCUUGAACAGCUCAAACCCCAAAUCGAAGAGGCCUACCACAAGUGGCAACAGCUCACAGCCAGCGUAGAAGACAGCAGGGAGAAACGACGAUCUACAUCUUCCCAAUACGCCAGGCACGCUGCCAGUGAUGCUGCUUUGUCAUGGAACCAUAUUUCUCAGGCUAAGAUCCUGGAUGCUGGAUCAAACCAAGAGUUGGCAGUCGACUUGGCUAGGGAGACGCUGCUCAAGCGACGGAGACGACGACGACAAGAGAACGAUGAAGAGGACGAGCGCACGCGGAGGACAUAUGCGGGUUACAGGGAGGAGAAUGGCUAUGGUGUAGACCGGAGACAACAGUAUCCUACUCCCCCACCAACAAACAAUCGCUAUUCUGAGGAUGACGACCUUCGCCGUCAAAUGGAGGCCACAAGACGACAAUUGGACCGUUCAGGAGGCUACGGGACUUCGGAAACUGACAACGGCCCACCGCUUCCGCCCAAGGUAAUACCCUUCGAGCGACCAAUACCCGUCACUAGACCUCCUCCCCCGCCCCCACGCCCAAGGAAGGAGUCAGGCUCAUUUGGCAGAGAUGGAAGGAGGAACGGUAUCCUUCCCAGCCAGACGAUUCGACUGGUAACCGACGAGGACGACGUCGACGAUAGGCCAGCGAGACCGCCCAAAGUCAGCGAACCGCCACCAGAAGCAGAAGAGAAGCCGAAAGAAGCGAACAAAGUCACCUUCCGCCCCGUCGCCUACCUCGAAAGCGGCGAACCUCUCCGAUCCGUAUUCCUCCCCAGUAGUCUUCGCCGCCGUUUCCUCGAACUCGCCCGCGAAAACACCAUCAGGGAGUUGGAGAUGUGCGGCAUUCUCUGCGGCACGCUAAUCAACAAUGCGCUAUUCAUCACCUGCCUGCUGAUUCCGGAGCAAGAGUGUACCUCAGACACAUGUGAGACCAUCAACGAGGAAGCGUACGUCACGUACUGUAUCGAGAACGACUUGCUCGUCCUCGGUUGGAUCCACACCCACCCGACGCAGACGUGCUUCAUGAGCUCGAGAGAUUUGCAUACCCAUGCCGGAUACCAGACCAUGAUGAAGGAGAGCAUUGCCAUUGUUUGUGCGCCAAGAUAUGAUCCUUCAUACGGUAUCUUCCGCCUCACCGACCCUCCCGGCCUCCCGCACAUCAUUAACUGCAAUACCCCUGGCGUCUUUCACCAACAUGGUAUUCCUUCAGACGAGAUCUACUGCAGUGCUCGUCAUGCACCAGGGCACGUAUUUGAGUCAAGUAGGGUUGACUUUGAGGUGGUGGAUCUCAGACCUGAGGGGUCCAAGGUGCCGGCGUUCAGGAGGUAUUAG